AGUUGGGGAAAAUUAGUGUAUUUUGAAAGAGUCGUGUCCCUAAGAGGGAAGGUUUGACCACCCAGUUGUAAAAGACCGCAAGAUGCAUCUAAGGAUUGUAGCUUCAAUUGGGAUAGACUUUACAGAUGAUCUGAAAUUCAAAAAAGAGAAAGAUAAAAGUAAGGAAAUAGAGUUACUAAAAGAGAUUACAGAAGCACAUGUAGCGGCACAAAUAUUGUGGAUUAAAAGAGUUGGAAAUUUGAAAGGUGUGAGUAAAAUUACAAUCAAAAUAUUUACUAGAAUAAUCUCAAUUAAACAUGUGGUUUCAUUUUUAUUUCACUUGUAAUUGUAGGAUGACAUCUAUGAAAAUUGCUUUUUAAGCCCUAUGGAUUGCUCUCAAACCCCCCUAAAAUCCCAAAAUACCCUCGCAAUUGAAACCAGUAUCGUUUGGUAAAUACAACCCGAAAUAAAUUGCGUUCGGUAAAUACGUGACGAACACGCUUGGGUUCGGUAAAUACGUGACGAACACGCUGUGGUUCGGUAAAUACGUGCCUAAAGGACGUGAGAUACAGUUUUAAACACAAAACAUCUCAUUAGUUACGAAAAUCACAAGUGUUGAGGGUGGAAGGGCGAUUCUCUAGGGUUUAGGGUCGCAAAUUCGAAGGCCUAAAAGAAGAACAAGGUGAAAUUCGUUGACAACAAAUCAUUCAUCACCAACGGACUACAACGGUUUGGAUUGCGUUUUUGGAUUCUUUCACUUCAACAAGAAUGACAGAUGAUGUUGGGCGAACAAGAGGUGGAAGGGAAAGUAGAGCACAUGGCUCUGCACGAAGAGAGGCUGUGAAGGUACAUAGAAACACAAGACAAACUAAGGGGAAAAGUGUUAUUGUAGAGCCUGAAUCUGAAGAUGAGAAUGUGGAGGAACAAGAGUUUGAGGAUGAGCAUGAAGUGGACAUAGGGCAACAGGCGUCUGAACACGAAGAUGAGCUGGAAGUCGAAGAUGAGAUGGAAGUUGCUGAUGAUGUGGAAGAUGAGAUGGAAGUUGCUGAAGAACAAACACCACCACCACCAGAAAAAAAAUCAUGUAAAAAGAAUCCGAGAACAACACAGGGAAGAAACCCACCACCUGUAUCAGAACCACCAGUUACAUCUUAUGAUGGUGGUCCAAAGGACUUGUCGUUGUUGCCCGGAUUUGGGAAACAUGUUGCUGUCGCGAUUUGGAGAGGAGACUGUAAAAAUCGGUACUUGAGGUGCAUGAACAACGGGAAAAAAAUAAACGACUUCGAUUGACCAAGAAGAGGACUUCAGUGGUUU